GCGCCCCCCCCACCUCGGCCGCCGCCUCAAUGGCGACCGUCGGGGAGCGCAGGCCCCUGCCCAGUCCCGAAGCGAUGCUGGGACAGUCGUGGAAUCUGUGGGUCGAGGCUUCCAAACUUCCUGGGAAGGACGGGACGGAGUUGGACGAAAGUUUCAAGGAGUUUGGGAAAAACCAUGAAGUCAUGGGGCUCUGUCGUGAAGAUAUGCCAAUAUUUGGUCUCUGUCCAGCCCACGAUGAUUUCUACUUGGUGGUGUGUAACGACUGUAAUCAGGUUGUCAAACCGCAGGCAUUUCAAUCACAUUAUGAAAGAAGACAUAGCUCAUCUAGCAAGCCUUCUUUGGCCGUUCCUCCUACUUCAGUAUUUUCCUUCUUCCCUUCUCUGUCCAAAAGCAAAGGAGGCAGUGGAAGUGGAAGCAGCCGUUCUUCCAGUGGAGGUGUUCUAAGUGCAUCCUCAUUAAGUUCCAAGUUGUUGAAAUCGCCCAAAGAGAAACUGCAGCUCAGGGGGAACACCAGGCCAAUGCAUCCCAUUCAACAAACUAGAGUCCCCCAUGGUAGAAUUAUGACGCCCUCUGUUAAAGUGGAAAAGAUUCAUCCGAAGAUGGAUGGCACACUACUGAAAUCUGCGGUGGGGCCAACCUGUCCUGCUACUGUGAGUUCCUCAGUCAAGCCUGGCCUUAACUGCCCCUCAAUACCAAAGCCAACCUUGCCUUCACCUGGACAGAUUUUGAAUGGCAAAGGGCUUCCCGCACUGCCCACUCUGGAAAAGAAGUCUGAAGAUAAUUCCAAUAACAGGAAAUUUUUAAAUAAGAGAUUAUCAGAAAGAGAGUUUGAUCCUGACAUACACUGUGGGGUUAUUGAUCUCGACACCAAGAAGCCCUGCACCCGGUCUUUGACAUGCAAGACACAUUCCUUAACCCAACGGAGGGCUGUCCAGGGUAGAAGAAAACGAUUUGAUGUGUUAUUAGCCGAGCACAAAAACAAAACCAGGGAAAAGGAAUCGAUUCGCCAUCCGGACUCUCAGCAACCAACGCAGCCUCUCAGGGACCCGCAUCCCACCCCUUCUAGAACUUCACAGGAGCCACACCAAAACUCUCAUGGAGUGAUUCCUUCUGAAUCAAAGCCUUUUGUAGCUAGUAAACCUAAACCUCACACCCCUAGUCUUCCAAGGCCUCCAGGCUGCCCUGCUCAGCAAGGUGGGAGUGCCCCCAUUGACCCUCCUCCAGUCCAUGAAUCUCCACACCCUCCCCUGCCUGCCACUGAGCCAGCGUCUCGGUUAUCCAGUGAGGAGGGAGAAGGCGAUGACAAAGAAGAGUCUGUUGAAAAACUGGACUGUCAUUAUUCAGGUCAUCAUCCUCAGCCAGCAUCUUUUUGCACAUUUGGGAGCCGGCAGAUUGGAAGAGGCUAUUAUGUAUUUGACUCCCGGUGGAACCGGCUUCGCUGCGCCCUCAGCUUCAUGGUGGACAAGCAUCUGAAUGCGCAGCUGUGGAAGAAAAUCCCACCAGUGCCCAGUACCACAUCACCUGCCUCCACACGUGUUCCUCACCGGACAAACUCAGUGCCGACAUCACAAUGUGGGGUCAGCUAUCUGGCAGCGGCCACCGUGUCUACAUCCCCAAUCCUCUCGUCCACCUGCAUCUCCCCAAAUAGCAAAUCGGUACCAGCUCAUGGAACCACACUAAAUGCACAGCCUGCCUCAUCUGGGGCGAUGGAUCCUGUGUGCAGUAUGCAAUCCAGACAAGUGUCCUCUUCAUCCUCAUCCCCUUCCACGCCCUCUGGCCUUUCCUCAGUGCCCGCCUCCCCCAUGUCCAGGAAACCUCAGAAGUUGAAAUCCAGCAAGUCUUUAAGGCCCAAGGAGUCUUCUGGUAACAGCACUAACUGUCACACCACCAGUAUCAGUACCAGCGGCACCUCAGGAAAGAAACGCAAAACCAGUUCUCCACUGUUAGUCCACUCUUCCUCCUCCUCCUCUUCCUCCUGUUCUUCUUCUCAUUCCAUGGAGUCUUUUAGGAAAAACUGUGUGGCUCACUCUGGGCCUACCUACCCCUCAGCAGUAACAUCUUCCCAUGGCAUUAGCCUCAACUGUGUGGUGAAUAAAGCGAACUCAGUGAGUGUCCGGCAUGACCAGUCAGGGAGAGGGCCCCCCGGAGGGAGCCCUGCUGAAUCCAUCAAGAGGAUGAGUGUGAUGGUGAACAGUGGCGAUUCCACGCUUUCUCUUGGCCCGUUCAUUCACCAGUCCAGCGAACUGCCUGUCAACUCCUAUGGCAGUUAUUCACACUCACACACACCUCUAGACAAACUCAUAGGCAAGAAAAGAAAGUGCUCGCCCAGCUCCAGCAGCAUCAACAACAGCAGCAGUAAACCCACAAAGGUUGCCAAAUUGCCAGCCAUGAACAACGUCCAUGUGAAAUACACGGGCACCAGCCCCGGGGCACAAGGACUGACGAACAGUUCCCUCCUUCAUCAGGAUGUCUCCUCACCUUGCUUACGAACAGGAAUUUCAGCAGCAUCACCCAAAAGCCCUGAUUUGAAAUCCAAAAGCACGUCCCUGACAGCUGAAAAUAGCACGGGGAGGAAUAAUCUGGACACUUUUGACGACAAGUUACACCUCCACUCAGCACUCUGGACUCCAAGAUGCCUUUGAGUCUGUUUUCCCAACCUCCUGUGGGCCUCAAGGGUAUAAAUCUGCCGGGCUGUUGUUGUUUUAACGAGGAUUUCCCUGAAGCUAUGUCUGUAGCAGUGAGUACUCGUAAAGGACACUGGAUCAAGUUCGGCCACCGAAUUGCUUCUAUCAGUGUUAAAGUGGCCUGGACUGCUUGCUACCAAUCUGUGAGAAGUUUUUGUUUUGUUUUGUUUUGUUUUUAACUUGCAGUAUAUCACAGAGCCACUCUUCGAGUAGAUUGGCUGGGUGAAAGAAUGUUUUGACGAGAACAUUACUGUAGACUUUUCCUCCCUCCCCCCUCUCCCUGCCCCAGUUCUUUUUUACACUGUCUUCUGCAGGUCACUCUCUAGCAGUUAGGCACCUUAACUGGAGACCCCUUCCAGAGGAGAGACAGAGCUAUACCUUGAACAACCCUCUGGAGAAGGGGAUCUGUCAUUAGGUUUUUAUAGCAACAUUCCAAGAAUGGAAUAUAGAUAUUAGCUCAAGGCACCAUGACAAGAUUGCCUGUAUUUUGCCCAGCAUUUUACAAGUAAUUUGGAAUAAGAAGCUGUCAGAAGAUUCUAACUUACAGACUGGUUUAAAGCCAUCGAUGCCCAGAGAGCAAGUAUAUGCCAUUUUAGAGGUUUACUUUUUUGUGGUACAAAAGCAGUUCUUUGUGAUUUUUUUUUUUUUUUAAGAAAAUGCAAAUGCAAACUAGUUUUGAUAAUGAAAAACCAAAUUUUGGUGAGUGGGGAGUGGUGGAUAAAAUCACUGGGGAAAUUUUUUUCCAAGAUUUCCAAAGAGAAAGAAUUUUUUUAUCCUUUAAGUCUUCAUGUUAAACUGUGGCAGAUUGGGUUGGUUGUCCUGCCCAGUCGUCUGUUUUCAAAAAAUUGCCUUUGUAAAGUGAAAUUAUCAGGAUGCAGCCGAAACUGUCAUUCGCAAAGUCAUUGAUAUAUUUAAAUGUUUCCAAGGCACCCUCUGCAUUGCCCUCAGUUUCCUCUUUGUAUACUGUCCUGGGACUAAGUAUGAAAUUUCCACUUCGAGCACUCCCCAUACUGUGUGUGUGCACUUUCCCUCCUGCCAUUACAGAUGUUUCUUUGAAUGCCACUGGGAUAUAGGGAGCAGGCAUCCAGGGAGCGGACGUAGUGAAAGUGUACACGUACCCAUGCAGAGAUGACGGGACGCAUGUAUAGUAUUCCCCCAGCACACCGUCUUCUCUUGGGAUUAAUGCCAUCCAUCUUCCUGAGAGAGUUUUGGAAACCCUCCAGGAUAUUUUUUCUGGUACCCCAACCGAAAAGAAGGAGCUUAAUCUUUUAAAACAUCAUUGCUUGAGAAGGUGCCAUGGAAUUUGAGGGAUAAGUUAAAGUUUUUUAACAGGCGAUUCCACCACCACAGCUCCUGAAACAAGAACCAGGCACAUAUGCUUAGAAGGACACAAAAAGUUGCUGAACACAGGGUAAAUUUCCCACUGAUCACUGCCCUGGGCAGGGCCAGGCAGAGCCAGUCAGUGCAUCCUUUCUUCUCUGCCAUUCUUGGGUUACUUCCGUUUCAGGGAAUUUUAAGUCAACAACAGGUAGAAUGAAUAAAUUCUUGGUUACCAGCCUAAUAAUGUGAAUUGCUACACAAUGAUUAUGUAAGGAAACAAAAACUUUAUGCAGAUACUUUAGCUGUAAACAUGUAAGAUGUUGAUCUUUUUAAAAAGCAAGGGGAGAACAGUAUCUUGUUCACCUCUUAUGCAAUCAAUCAGUAAAUGUUUUUUAAAUGAUACUAUAGGAGAGCGUAGUAAAGAGAGAGCAUGGAUGGGCCAGUUUGAUGUUGUUAGGAGAAAUCAGUCUGGUUGUUCCAGCCCAGUGGAGGGAGGGACAGGAGGUGAGAGAGAAUCAGAACGUACUAAGUUGAUUCCUUGGUGACAAGUGCAAUGGGGUAUGGGUAGAAUUUAUUUUCAAAGCCAAGGGGACUUGAUGGUUAUAAAUAAAGUCGCUUUUAGCGAUGGAAUUUAUAGACAGAUCAUGUUGUUCCAAAAGAUGUGAAUAGGAUCCUCGAUAGUAAGUUGAUUCAGAAUAAUGUAGAUAUACCUAGAUUAGCAAGUGUUGAUCAUUUGACUUCUUAGACUGAGAUUUUAAUUGAAUUUCAUUAUGUCUCCCGGUAGUACAAAGAGCAUCGGGAUUAGGAAAUUAGCCAUUUUGGAUUCUGCCUGCCACAAACAAAUAUUCUAAACAGUGCUAUUCAAUUUUAGACUGUUGUUCAAAUAUUUCAUUUUCUCCUACAACUGCUUUUUAUUAUGAUGAACAAUUAAGACCAUUUAAAACACGGGAGUACAAGUAUUUUUUUGAACUAAAUUAGCUUGAAAAACCAAAUUUGCAGUGGUUAGGUUGUUUGUAGACAGACUUUGGUAUCAAUUUAAAACCAAGAUAAUUUUUAUAUUCUUUCCAAUAGAAUUUCAUGUCAACUCCUGCAGUUUUCUUAACCUAAAAGAAAUAAAGUGCUGCAAUGAUGAACAAAGAAUUAUACGAAACCUACUUUUGUACCUUUAUUUUGGAAUUUCUUGUUCUAUUAUAAAUAUGGAAGUAUCCCUAUUUCAGAAGACAUAUUUUGUUAAAAAUGAAUUGUACAUAUUUAAAUAUGUAUUUUUGCACAGGUCUUUUUUUCUGAUAUCCUGUUUUGGUACAAUUGAGAUCAUCUAGUAUUUAUUUAUUAAUUAAUAAAAGUAAAUACCUUUUUAUAAUUUGAAGUGGUUCACUGCCAAGCCAAUAGUUCUAGAACCUGCCUCCUUUACAGUUUAAGGGAUGCCUCUGUCCUGUGAAAGUCGUUUUGUCCCUUUUAAUGUCUCGGGAGUGGAUUCGUGCAGAUGAAGUGGGCAUUGCUUCUCCCUAGUUGCCUGGUUUCCCGAUAGACUAUGUGUAACUAAGUGACACACUGCUUUUCUUUUGUUAUGUUUUAUGUAUGAGAGUGUGUGCGUGUGCACGUGUGCACGCAUGCGCCUGUGUGUUUGUAUGUGUACUCUCUGAGCACAUGUGUGUUGUUAUGUGAUGUGGUUUAAAACUAAUGGGAAAAAAAACUGAAAGUGCCUGAACCUAGUUUUAAGCUUAGACUGAUUCUCUUUAAAAAGACUUGAAUGUUCAGUUGAACUUUUGGAGUUUGCUUUUUCCACCUAAAUACUGUUUCUAAAAUUUUAGGGGAGGAGUUGAAAACCACCAAUUGCUGGUAAUUUUAUAAAGUAUUUUAAAAUUAAGACUUUUUGCUUCACAGUAAUUCAACUGGUGAUGGGUUGCCUAGCGGCACCAAGGGUUACACAUCUUUUUGUCAGCCAGCAACUUACAUGAUGUGUCCAUUUUGUUAUUCACUCAUCAAAUACAGAGUUUAAAAUAGAAUAUUUAAAAUAUUUUAUAUUCCAAAAAUAUACAAAGUACCUCUGAGAAGAUUGAAAAAUGUAUAAUUUGAAAAAAUGUAAUUUAUAAAGGCAGCUGUCUUCCUGCAAGAGUUCUGUUGCCAAGGAAUUUAUUAAUAUCUCUCGUUCUGUCCUGGGGGGGAAAUGUUGGGCUUUGGAAAAUGAUUGUUAAAAGUCUCAGUUGUUUAGAAGAAAAUAACCAUUUUUAUAUUUUGUGCAAAACAUUUUACAUUUUCAGAUCAUUUAAAUGAGCACUACAUACUGUCAGUGUGAAUGUAGGGGCUUGAAAGCAUUUUGCUGUUUUUUUUUGAGCUUGGUUAUGAAAGCAAUCUCCUGUGUUAAAAUGUGUGAAUAGUUUGAUAAUUUGUACACAUAAUCAAGAGCAUCUCAGCUGGACUUUGUGUUGGCUGCUGUAUAGAACAUGAACAAAUGUCAAGGGAUAGAAAAUUACUUUGGAUAUUUAAAAGAGAAGAAAUAUAGAGUCUAUUUGUUUUGUAACAAGUUUCUGUAAAUAAAAUAAUUUAUACUAUUUAUAAGAAAAAGUUGUGCUUCGCUUUAUGAAAAAUUAGUUUGUUGAACAAACAUGUUACUAAACAGGCAAUAAAAUUAGGACUUCUCAAUAAAUAAGGUUGGCUGCAUGAA